AUAUCUUAAUAUCCCGCUGGUCGUGAUGUAGUUCUGGACGCCGGGGCCCCGGUGUUUCCCGAACUCGAGUCGAGUGGUUCCGAGAGCGGAGCCCGACAUAUUCUGAUCAUCUUCCAAAUGUUGGUGCCCGAGUCGUGAAGUGCAGCUCCUCAGAGGAGGCAGGAAGGGAGGGAGAGCAGGCAAGCAUUCCUGCAGAGAAUCACCUCUGAAAGGCGUCCUUACAUCAGCAUCACCCGGACCGCAUCCCUGACCGACCGGCGGAAGAACGAGAUACGAAGGAAUUUUCCAAAAUGGCGCCAGUCACAGUGAUUACGCUCAGUUUCCUAAUCUCUGCAGCUAUCUCUGCCCCUCUAAAAGAAACGGAGGAAUCCGUAACUCUAUUCAAAGGAGAGGAUUUCCACAUCCUGCUGCCGUCACAAGACGUGGAGGUCACAUUCAAGAACCGUUCCGACCCUCGGAAGACCUCGGUGCUGAUGAGGGGCGGCAAAGUGAUCAGCACUCGGGUUAAACCCACCCUGCACUUCAACUACAUCAACAUAGAGGGUGUGGGUGAAGGGGACGAGGGGCUGUACAUCCUGAAGGACUCAAAGGACGCGAGUGUCAUCAAGCAAAUUUCACUAAUAGUCCGAGACUGCACCCUCGAGCAAAUCAUCAAAUAUGGCGGGAACUUCCAUAUUCCAGUGCUGAAUGUGAACCCCCCCAUCACUCUGGAGUACAAACCCAGUUCAGUGGAGGCCAACCUGACAUCCAGACCGGCGAUCGUGGUGCUGACGGCCGCUGGGUUCUCCACCGAGCCUUACCGAGGUCGCAUCACCGUGGGCGAGCGAUCCGUCACCGUCAGCGCGGUUACAGGCGUCGAUGAGGGCAGCUACACCGUCAGGGACAACCAGGGGGUUAUCAAACAGCAAGUGUGCCUGAAUGUGAAAGAGCACACAAACUUUGUGUACCUUCCUCCUGAUGAAAGGCUGAAGAUCAACCUGAUUCUAAACAGCUCCCUGGUCCAACUCCACUACACCCGAGACUCGGACUCCUCAGCCGUCCUGCUGAUGGAUAAGGGAGAGUUCACAAGUGCUCAAGCAGAUCUUGGUUUCAAGGACCGCCUCUCUGUGGAGGGUUCGAUGGUCUUUCUAAAUCAGAUCAAGAACUCAGAUGCUGGACUCUUUAAGAUCACAGACCUGCAGGGAUUCACCGUGUCCACUGUCCAUCUGGGACUGAAACCCUACCAAAUGGAGACCCUUUAUGUGGCCAUCAUUGCCCUGCUGGGCCUGCUGGCUUUCCUUCUGCUGGUUUGCCUUCUGUCCUGCCUGAUCAAAGUGAAGAAGAGGGCCAAGAGGGCCGCUGCACUGGAGAAACUGGCUCAGAACGCUGGCAAAGAAGACGAGGGCGAGGCCUUUAGACAGGUGGUCAAGAACAUCACUAAACUGAGCGAGGAGUCCAAGCAUUCCCAAGCAGACAACACAGAGAAAUCUCAAAGCACUGAGGUGGACAUCAAGGGUCUGGAGGUUUCUUCUAAAGAGGUUGGCGUUGGUAAUCUGGAGACCAGUGACUCUGGUGUUGGCUUCAACACCGCUCUCCCGCUCGAUACUGACACCGAUGUCCCCGAUCAAAUCCCCGAUUCUGAGACUGUAAGCAUCUCUGUUGCUCCUGAAAUCAAACAAAGCCCUCCUUCUGCUGCUGAGUCUAAGCCAGCUGCUCCACCGGUACCAGAACCUAAAGCAAGCCCCGUCCCUGAAACGAAAAAAGCCCCGGACCCGCCCGUCGAAGCAAAGCUGGACACACCCAAACCAGUAGAUGCUAAACUUAGCCCAACCCCGAGCACGAAGUCUGGUUUGAGUCCAGCUGAAACAAAACCUGCACCCAGUCCAAGUCCAGAACCCAAGACUGGGCUGAGUCCAGCUGAUCCAAAACCUGCUGCUAGUCCAAGUCCAGAACCCAAGACUAGUCUAAGUCCAGCUGAUCCAAAGCCUGCACCCACUCCAAGUCCAGAACUGAAGAUUUCUGCGCCUGCAGCCACCACUCCAACACCUGACACUAAGAGUCCAGCAGCUUCAACUCCUGAGCCCACCAAACCGAGCCCAGCAGAACCCAUCACCAAUGGCACACCAGAGCCGGGAUCCGAUUCCAAAGCAAGCCCGGAUCAUGCAGAAAUCAUCAAAGACCCAACUUCAAAGGAGGUUUCCACUAAAACCCAUGAAGUGGAGCUGAAGUCCAGCAGCGUCGCGCCAGAAGGCAGCAAAGACGGCGCCGCAGCCGAGGGCCCGACUACGACCUGAACACCGCGGCUCCGAAAACACGAGGAACCCCCACAGAUCCCCGUCUAUCACCACCGCAGACAAUCAAACACCCCCUACCAAAAUGGUGAGGAAGCCACAGCAAGCUGGGGCGAUGGCGACACUAAACCCACAGUGAUAAUCUAACCUUGGAGACUUUCUGACUGACACACAGUUUAAGUAACUAAAGUGGCUUUUAAUUUUAACCGUUUCAGUUUUGCCGCCUCGUUUUCUAUUGAUUUUACUGGAAAAACUGCCAAAAUGCAAAUUUAAACAUUUGCAGAGUUUACAACUAAAAUAUUAACUCCACAUGAAGUGUUUUAUA